AUGACAACGAUACCAGAAGAACUGCUACAAUUCAAAUUGACACACGACUAUAUAUCAGGUGCAGAUCGAAUUAGCAAAAUCGUAGCUAAGAAUCAGUUUGUUAUUGACCUGAUCACCGCCUCGCUUCUGAGUGUUUCUUCAGGCACCCACACAACCGGUAACAACAUGUUUAUCGAUGGUAUAGAUGGAAAUACAGCACAUAGUGACACACGAGUUCAUGUGCUGAAUCGUCCAGUACUACCUGAAUGUGUACAAGCGUUUUCACGUCUUUCCAAUUUUAUUCGUCGUCUGUACCUCAAGAACGGGCUCCAAAGCUCUGGAGGGCCUCUUCAAACCUAUCCAGAACAAAGUAUCGAUCCUUUCAUCGAUAAUCGUGAUAUCAAGGUAUUGGAAACUUUGGUUGCUUUUGUCCACUUUUUAAUUUCUGGUCAGCAAAACAUAAUCAGCAUUGACCAAUGGGACGACCCAACCAUCACAAAACUGUACUUGGUCGCUAUGGGAAUGGUCAAAAAUGACAGAGUGGAAGCCUUACGAACGAUUUAUUAA